UAAGGACUAGUGUACCAACUCAUCGUUCCGUUUCACUCAUAUGAAGUUGAAUGUUGGAAUAGUGCGCACAUGGUUUAAAACUCGCUCCCGAUUUAAUCUUGUAAACCAGUUUAUAUUGAUCCCGUACAAUAGAAUAAAACCUUUACAGACACCACUUGUCAUUUAGUGAUCCAUUCAGAUUAGUUUGCGAUCCCCGGAGUGUUAUUAAGCAGUCAACAACGAUGAGUGAAACAUUGAAAAAUAUCCUAGUAAUUGGAAGUGGCGGUCGUGAACAUGCUAUUUGCUGGAAGCUGGCGCAAAGCCCCUGUGUGGGAAAUAUUUUUGCACUCCCCGGCAGCUUAGGCAUUCGGCAAUUGGAUAAAACAACUCUGGUAUCCGGUGUCAACGUGAAUGACUUUGAUGACACAAUAUCAUGGUGCAAAACAAAUUCGAUUCACUUGGUUGCGGUUGGCCCCGAAGAUCCACUGGCCGCAGGUCUUGGAGAUAAGCUACGCGCAGCUAACAUCAAGUGUUUCGGGCCGAGUCAGAAAGGUGCCCAAAUCGAAGCGAAUAAAAACUGGUCUAAAGAAUUUAUGCACAGACAUGGCAUUCCAACGGCACGUUACUCCUCGUUCACCAAGCCAGAUGAAGCGAAAGCUUUCAUUCGAAGUGCACCAUAUGAUGCGCUGGUCGUGAAAGCCAGUGGUCUUGCAGCGGGCAAAGGUGUAAUCGUGGCGGAAAACAAGGAUCAAGCGUGUGCAGCUGUGGACGAAAUCCUGGGGACAAGCAAGUUUGGUGCGGCCGGUGAUAUCGUAGUGGUUGAGGAAAAACUGAGCGGAGAAGAAGUGUCUGUUCUUGCAUUUGUCGACUCCAAAACCGUGCGUGUCAUGCUGCCAGCCCAAGACCACAAACGGUUACAAAACGAAGAUCGAGGCCCAAACACAGGAGGAAUGGGUGCCUACUGUCCUUGCCCAAUCAUCAAGCCACAUGAGCUGGAAAUAGUUACCCGUGAGGUGUUGCAGCGUGCGGUGGAUGGGCUACGCAAGGAAGGCAUCCAAUACAACGGAAUUCUCUACGCCGGAAUGAUGCUCACCCCUCAGGGACCGAAAACGUUGGAGUUUAACUGCCGUUUCGGUGACCCAGAGACACAAGUGAUACUGCCACUCUUGGAAAACGACCUAUUCCAACUGAUGGAAGCGACAUGUGACAAUCAAUUGGACACUGUAAAACUGAAGUUCCGCGAAGGUGUCAACGCCGUUGGCGUUGUGAUGGCAAGUAAGGGUUAUCCUGAAACGUCCACCAAGGGGUGCGUAAUUAAAGGCUUGGAAACGGUAGCAAGACGUCCUGACCACUUAGUAUUCCACAGCGGCGUUGCUGAAAAUGCUGCAGGAUCUCUUGUUACGAACGGAGGCCGUGUCCUCAUCAAUGUAGUUCUACACGCGGAUCUACGCACGGCGGCAGCUUUGGCAGCGACUUGUUGCUCCGAAGUGGAAUUCGACGGAUCACAGUAUCGGACUGAUAUUGCACGAAAAGCAUUCAAACAUGUCGGAUUGUCUUACAAGGCUAGUGGGGUCGAUAUAGACGCGGGAGAUGCUCUGGUUCAACGAAUUAAACCACUUGCUAGAGGGACCAACAGACCCGGUGUUCUGGGUGGCUUGGGUGGCUUUGGAGGUCUUUUCAGGUUGAAUGAGGUUUCCUACCCCAAUGAGUAUGGAGAAAAUGUUCGCUAUCGCGAUCCCGUUUUAGUGCAGGGUACGGAUGGUGUUGGUACAAAGCUGAAGAUCGCUGAGGCGAUGAACCAUUGGGACACUAUUGGGAUUGAUCUGGUGGCAAUGUGUGUGAAUGACGUUUUGUGCGCAGGUGCUGAACCGAUAGCGUUUUUGGAUUAUAUUGCUUGUGGUAAGCUGGACGUCCCGACGGCAGCCUUGAUAGUGAAGGGUAUAUCCGAGGGAUGCAGAGAAUCCAACUGCGCACUACUCGGAGGAGAAACAGCUGAAAUGCCAUCGAUGUAUGAACAUGGAAAGUAUGACCUAGCUGGAUAUUGCGUUGGGGUAGUAGAACACGAUGGCAUUUUGCCAAAAAUGGCUGCCAUCCAAGAUGGUGACUUAUUGAUUGGGUUGCCAUCCAGCGGACUGCACAGUAACGGCUUCAGUCUAGUGAAUAAGAUUUUACAUAACGGUGACCACAAAUUAACCGAUACCGCUCCCUUCAGUGAAUACGGUAACUCGUUUGGAUCGGAACUGCUGACACCGACGACGCUUUAUGUAAGAUCCGUUCUUCCGAUACUGCGGAAGGGUAACGUAAAAGCUUUGGCUCACAUAACCGGUGGCGGUUUGGUGGAAAAUAUCCCGAGAGUCCUACCGGAAGGUCUAUCCGUUGAAAUAGACGCCACAAGUUUCAUUAUUCCACCCGUUUUUGGCUGGAUAGCAUCCCAAGGAAAUGUUUCCGACACGGAAAUGCUGCGAACUUUCAAUUGUGGCAUUGGUAUGGUUCUAAUUGUUGAUGCUGGCGAUACAACUUGGCAAGCGCUGAAGUCUCAUGGAGGAACUGCAAUUGGUAGAAUCGUUCGUCAGAGAGCCGCUACAUCACCUCGAGUGCUAGUCAAGAGCUUCAGUGAAGCUAUCACCAAGGUAUCCAAACCAUUUGGAACCGGUCAUUCAACGACUUCCGUCUCAUACAAAGAUAGUGGCGUUGAUAUAAUAGCCGGGGAUGAUCUGGUUUCUAGAAUUAAACCGAUGGCAAAAGCUACCGCGAGGAAAGGAUGUAUUGGAGGACUCGGCGGAUUUGGGGGUUUAUUCCGACUGAGGGAUGCCGGCAACUUGGAAAACCCAGUUCUUGUUUUGGGUACAGAUGGUGUGGGUACGAAGUUGAAGAUAGCGCAGCAAAUGAAUACUCACAACACUAUUGGAGUCGACUUAGUGGCGAUGUGCGUCAAUGAUAUUCUCUGCAAUGGGGCUGAUCCUAUCUGCUUCUUGGAUUACUACGCUUGCGGCCAUUUGGAUGUCAACGUUGCUGCUGACGUGAUUUCAGGUAUAUCUGCCGGUUGCGAGCAAAGUGGUAGUGCACUAUUGGGCGGUGAAACAGCGGAAAUGCCUGGAAUGUACAAAAGAGGAAGCUAUGACCUGGCUGGCUUCUCCGUUGGAUUAGUUGAAUAUAAUCAAAUGCUACCAAAAACUGAUACUAUAGUUGAUGGUGAUAUGGUCAUAGGUCUUCCAUCCUCCGGGGUUCAUAGUAAUGGAUUCAGCUUGGUGCAUAAGAUAAUGGAGCAUGCGGGUGUAACUUACAAUGAUCUAGCACCAUUCAGUGCAACAAACAAAACAUUUGGAGAAGAACUUCUAGUGCCCACAAAAAUUUACGUAAAGGAAAUUCUGCCUCUAUUGCAGUUGAAUCUUGUAAAAGCAUUAGCUCAUAUAACCGGCGGUGGUUUAACGGAAAAUAUCCCAAGAGUUCUUCCAGACGGAGUGGCCGUUAGAAUCGCUUCGGAAAGACUCAACAUUCCUCCACUUUUCGGCUGGCUAGCAAAUGCAGGAAAUGUACCCGAACGAGAGAUGCUGAGAACCUUCAAUUGUGGCAUUGGAAUGGUUCUUAUUAUAUCACGAGAGAAGACGUCAAGUUGCCUUCAAAAAUUACAAGAUACGGGCGCGAUGUUGAUCGGUCGUGUUGUCAAGCACACUGCAAAUAAGCAGAAGGUCCAAUUUUUCGAUUUCACCAACUCUCUCAAUAUAUCAAAACAUAUUUCCUGUUUACCGAAAAAACGCAUUGCUGUGCUAAUAUCCGGUACCGGAAGUAACCUACAGGCUUUGAUCGACAACUCCAGAAAUAGUGCCUAUGGAAUUCGAGGAGAGAUUGUACUCGUGAUUUCAAAUAAGAGCGGCGUUUAUGGUUUGGAAAGGGCUGCCAAAGCAGGUAUAGCUACUAAAGUUAUUCUACACAAAGAAUUUCCAAGCAGAGAACAAUUUGAUGCAGCUGUGUCGGAAGAACUGGAAAGACAAGAGAUCGAACUCGUGUGUUUAGCUGGCUUCAUGCGGAUUUUGUCGGAAGGAUUUGUGAGAAAGUGGAAGGGGCGUUUGAUCAACAUCCAUCCGGCAUUACUACCCAAACACAAGGGCAUUCAUGCUCAACGGCAAGCAUUGGAGGCUGGCGAUUCGGAGUCCGGUUGCACGGUGCACUACGUAGACGAAGGAGUUGAUACUGGGGCGAUUAUUCUACAAGAAACGGUUCCUAUAAUCGAAGGCGAUACGGAAGAGACACUCACAGCAAGGAUACAUCGCGCUGAGCACAGAGCAUUUCCGAAGGCACUCUGGCUCGUGGCCAACAACUUUGUUAGUCUUGGAUCAGACGGCAAAAUGCAAUGGAAUGAAAAUGAAGGAUUUUUUGUUCAGCGAAUGUAAUUUAUGUAUAGAUAUAGAGACCAAUUGAAAUAUAGUGUCAUCAAAUGUUUGUA